UCAAAAUGGCUCAUCAACAUUUUGGAUUUUCCCUCCCUAUGACAACGUGCAGCACUAGUUUCAGUACCAGGUUAUUACAACCAUCUAAUAUGCUGUCUCCUAAUAUCUCACUUUCAAAAUCAAGACGACUUGUUGUUCAUGCAGAGAAAAACACCAACACCACAACUACCACUUCUUUUGAACCAAACACCAUUAGUAUUCCUCGGUGGUCUGCAGAGUAUAAACCCACCAUUUGGAAGUUUGAUUACAUUCAGUCAUUAAGGAACGAAUACGUGGAAGAAUCAUAUGGCAGACGUGCAAAUCAGCUGAAGGAGGAAGUGAGACUGAUGCUUCUGAGGACGAAUCCGCUGAUCCUUUAGCUCAAUUGGAGCUCAUCGAUAUGUUGCAGAAGCUUGGAUUGUAAUAUACGG